AACCACCAUUACCAGCCCACAGCUUCUGAACCCAUUACCGUCCAAAGAAUGGCAGCUAAUAUUAUCUUAGCUCCUUUUAAUGUAUUCAGUAAUCAUGAUACAUCAGCUUCUUUAUACAAAAAGAAAAUGCAGUCUCUGGAACUCUGACUCCUUUGUAUUAUUUUUCUCUGCAAUGCUAGUAUGAAAUCUAAUUGCUACUUAAAUUAGUAUAUCUAUGGUUUUGUGGGUCUCCCUUUUUCUUCACGAAGAAGAUAAAUAGGCUGAGAUUUUGAGAGGGGAAAGGCGAGGGGGAGAAGGGUUUGUGAAUUUUCUCUGAAAUUUGAGAAUGGUUCAAUUUGCUUCUUACUUGCUAGGCUCUGUUUGCUUUGUUUUUGUCUUACCAUUUGUGGGCUGCUCACUGCAUGUAGAGCAUGUCAGUACUGAAGAGUCAGGCAAUUUCAAGAGGAUAAAAGAAAACCUUCAUAAGUUGAGUCCUCAGAUGACAUCUAGUAUUAAAGUUCAUGGUUUCCUCCUCUGGGCUUCCAUGGGGUUCUUAAUGCCUCUUGGGAUACUUUUGAUUAGGAUGUCCAAUAGAUCAUCAGAAGAAAGAGGGACAAGGGCCAGAGUACUCUUCUAUCUCCAUGUUAUAUUGCAGAUAAAUGCAGUGCUUCUUGCAACUAUUGGAGCAGUCAUGUCCUUGAGAAGUUUUGAGAAUUCCUUCAAUAACAGCCACCAAAGAUUAGGCCUUGCUCUUUAUGCUGCUAUGUGGCUUCAAGCCUUGAUAGGAUUCCUCAGACCUGCAAGAGGAAGUAAAAGAAGAAGUGCGUGGUACUUGGUGCAUUGGAUACUAGGAACAAUAACAUCCCUGGUGGGGAUCAUUAACAUCUACACUGGCUUAGAGGCCUAUCAUGAGAAAACAUCAAGAGGGGCAAGGCUAUGGACCAUUCUUUUCACAAUUCAGGUCUCUAUCGUUGCUUUCUUUUACCUCUUCCAAGAUAAAUGGGAAUACAUGCAAAAGCAGGGGCUGAUAGUAGGCAGCACUGUUGAAUCAGUCACUACAGCCUCUGACCAAGUAAUCAUCACUACUGUUCAAAGGGAUAACCACAAGGUCUUGUUACCUCAACAAUGUGCCAAGAAAAAUGCACUAAGGAAUUUGUUUGACUGAUUAAUUUGGGAUUCUUUCCAUACUAUACGAGCAUAUGGUCAAGCUUUCAUACUUUACUUUUUGAUAUACCUUUAUUAAGGUAUCAAAAAGUGGGGUAUGAAUUAAUUAUUCUUGUAUGGUUUUUCUUUCUUUUCAUGGGUAUUCAUUUUCUUGGAUUUACGUAAGGAAGAUUUACUGAGAGCGGCAGUAGGGAAAUAUUUGGUAUUUAAUUUUAGGAAAACGGGGUAGUCUAUGUGAUUGUGAUUGAUGUGUAUUAGAAAUAUUUAUCAAGUUUGUAAGCAUAUAUGUCUCACGGUGAAUUAAUCAAUAGUACAUAUCCUU